UGCCACUACCGGACUGUACUCACUUUGAGAAGUCACCUUCGCGCUCUACCGGGGACCCGCGCCCCACUUCUCUCCACCCUGAGCGCACGUUGCCGUUUCAGUGUGACGCAUAGUUUAUAGAUCUAUCUCGCAGGACGAUCUCUUUCGCAAGUUAGUGUGAUUAACGAUUUAUCGCUGUUUGAAUUUGCUCAGCGGGCGCAAUGAUGACAUCUGUAGUGUGGGAUGAUCUUCAUGUGGCUGCCGGGUAGUUGGAGAGUCCCGUUGUGAAGUAGCCUGCGCCAACAGCGCGUUCACCGAGUGGGCUCUCUCCUGAAGGACAGACGCAGGUCACUGCCGUCCUAAUCGCCAGCGGGUUCGGUGCUCCGGGACUCUCUUUUUUUUUUGUUCUGCAAGGAGACAUGGGCUGCUCUCCCAUGAUGCUUCAGUGUGCGUUGUGAGGGCUCAGUGCAUUGUGAGAGAUGAGUUCAGAGGAGAAGAGCACCAGCAUGUCCCAGAAGAUCUCGUCACCGUCACUUAGCAACAGUAGCUCCUCCUCCAAACAUGACAGCCGACAGGACAGCUGGGAGAUUGUGGACGGAGUGCGAGGGGGUGUGAGAGACUGCAGUGGGUCUGCUCAGGAGCCUCCGAGGCAGGAGGGCUACGUGCUCAAGAAGAGGAAGUGGCCGAUGAAGGGCUGGCACAAGAGGUACUUCCUCCUGGACAAGGGAAUUCUGAAGUACAGCAAGUGUGCUGCUGAUAUGGAGAGGGGGAAACUGCAUGGGUGCAUUGAUGUGGGGCUGUCAGUAAUGGCAAUUAAGAAGAAAGCCAAGUGCAUCGAUCUGGACGCAGAAGAAAAUAUUUACCACUUAAAGGUGAAGUCUCAGGAGCUGUUUGAGGAGUGGGUGCACCAGCUGAGGCAGCAUCGUCUCUUCCGGCAGAAUGAGAUUGUCCUGUCGCCGCUGCAGAAAGCACACUCCCACACACACACACACACACCCUCGUCCCCCACCUCCAACACACACACCACCAGCACUAAGCGGGCUAAUCUUCCUGGCCAGUCAUCUCUCUCUGCAGGAUGCAGCAGUCAGGCCAAAGUAGCCGCCUGGCUACAGACCUCCGACGACAUGGACCGCUGCUCUAAAGAGUUGUGUGUGUGCGAGACCCAGCUGGCAGAUCUGAGUAAUCUGCUUCAGAGUAUGGAGGUGUUGCAUAGAACCUACUCUGCCCCCGCCAUCAACGCAUUGCAGGCCUCCACGUAUGACAGCCCAAAGAAGGAGAAGAGAUCAACCAGGAAGUGGCGAUCGAAAGAGUCAAAAAGCACCCUACAGGUGCCUAGCUGUAUAUCGUCGUUACGUCUUCACUCGUCCAAUCCCAACCUGUCAUCUGUGGAUCUGACCAAUGAGAAGGCUUAUGGUUACACAGAGCCGCUUGACACCCACGAUGACGUGGCCAGACUGCAGGAGGAGUUCUGCCGAAUCGCAAGCAGCUUGCACAGCAGUAUGACUCUGGCUGUAGGACUACUGAAGACAGAAAAGGAGCGACUGCAGCAAAUUGUGGAACAGGAGCUGCCUAGUCACGCCCCCAACUCCCAGGUGCUGGGUCUCAAGAGCGCACUCACAGCGGAGCAGGACUCUCCGCAAGUUUCCAGACCGCUGGUGCACCAGCUCUCCAGCGACAGCCGAGCGUCCAUCUCCGAGUCGCUCACCGAGUUCUUCGACGCCCAGGAGGUGCUACUCUCAGCUAGCUCCUCAGAAAACGAGGGUUCGGAAGAUGACUCGUACAUCAGUGACAUCAGUGAUAACAUGUCUAUGGACUUCAGCACCGUAGCAGAAGGGGAGAGGGAACCACACAGAACAGGCGGUGGCGGUGAGAGUAGCGCCCCCCUGUGGCCUCUGAGGAGAGUGCACCUGCCGGCUACCAGCCCCAGCACCAGCAGCGUCAGCCUCUGGAACAUCCUGAAGAACAACAUCGGGAAGGAUCUGUCCAAGGUGGCCAUGCCGGUCCAACUCAACGAGCCACUCAACACGCUGCAGCACCUGUGUGAGGAGCUGGAGUACAGCGAGCUGCUGGACCGCGCCGCACACACACACGACCCCUACCUACGCAUGGUGUACGUGGCGGCGUUUGCAGUGUCUGGCUACGCAUCGAGCUAUUUCCGUGCGGGGGGGAAGCCCUUUAACCCAGUGCUGGGGGAGACCUACGAGUGCCAACGGCCAGACAAGGGCUUCAACUUCAUGGCCGAGCAGGUUAGUCAUCAUCCCCCUGUCUCAGCGUGCCAUGCCGAGUCCAAAAACUUUACCUUCUGGCAAGACAUGCGUUGGAGGAACAAGUUCUGGGGGAAGUCCAUGGAGAUCGUUCCUGUAGGCACGACCCAUGUAAUACUACCAGGGUUUGGGGAUCACUAUGAGUGGACUAAGGUGACGUCCUGCAUCCACAACAUCCUGAGUGGCCAGCGUUGGAUUGAACACUACGGGGAGAUCACCAUCAGGAACUCCAGCAGCGAUCUCUGCCACUGCAAAAUCACCUUCCUCAAGGCUAAGUACUGGAACUCGAGUGUGAACGAGGUCCAGGGGUCAGUGCUAGACCAGCGGGGGAAGGCGGUCCACUCUCUGUUUGGGAAAUGGCACGAGGCUCUCUAUUGCGGAGACUCACCCUCCGCCACCUGCGUCUGGAGAGCCAACCCUAUGCCUGCGGAUCAUGAGUUGUACUACGGCUUCACUAAGUUUGCCAUCGAGCUGAAUGAACUGACUCCCAGCAUGAAAGCAAUGCUGCCCCCUACUGACACACGACUGCGCCUGGACCAGAGGCUGUUGGAGGAAGGUCAUGUUGAGGCUGCAGAAGAGCAGAAGCAGCGGAUUGAACAGCUACAGAGAGAACGUCGUCACGUACUGGAGGAGAACCACCUCUCACACACACCCCGCUUUUUCCAGAAGUGUAAGGACGAUACCUGGGUCAGCAAUGGCACGUACUGGGAGCUGCGCAAAGACGGCUUUAGUCGCUUGGACUGCCCCGUGCUCUGGUGACCUCUGACCGCUGGACUGCCCUGUGGUCUGGUGACCUCUGACCCCUGGACUGCCCCGUGGUCGGGUGACCUCUGACCCCCGGCUUCAGCCAUCUACCUGGAAACCUCUGCUCACAUCUACAGUUUUGACACAGAGCGAACACGCGAACACACACACACACACACACACACGGCAGGACUGAAUGGACCUCUGGACUGAUGUUAUUCGCCGAAACAGCCCAAAUAGGACCACUGUGUGUGCUGUCCAACCAGUGAUCUGUUCAACACACACACACACACACACACACACACACACGCUCACACUCACUUCAUACUGAAAACAUGCCCACAUACAUGUACAUACACACACACCUUCUCUGAGUGUGCGUUAGUAAAUAUCAUCACUAUCUUAACCUGAGUGAAACACAAAGCUGUCAUCUUCAGCAUCCGCAUAAUCUUCAUCACCAUCAUCGUCGUCAUCUGCCAUCUUUGUCAUCAUCACCAUCAUCAUCUCCUCCACCACCAACAGCCUCAAGUGUAUCCCGGGCACGUAACUCUGCUGCAACAAUUAGCUUCCACUAUAUUCAAUGGAAGUAGCUACACCAUACAUGAUAGCGGCGCGUACGUUCGAAAAAAUAGACCAGUCUUCUAAAACGUUUUUUACGCGUUAUGAAUGGAACGCUUCAGUAACGCGCCUGGUGUGGUUUCCCUUGUGAGUAAAAGCACACUCUUGGCUAUCUCCACCACUGUUAGACCUGCUCACACACACACUUCAGGGCCCUGUAACUCGAAGCACACGUUAGCUGCUCGAAGACCUUACGUAUAUCGUAAGCCUAUCGUAAAAAGAUACGCUUGUAACUCAAAUGAUUUGGAAGUCUACGUGUAAUGUAACUUGUGAAGUGUGCUUCAGACCACACAAUGCUUGCCUUGCAUUCUCUUCGCCUCUGUUUUGCCUAUUUUAGCAUUCGUUUCCUGCCAUUGAUUGUCGGGUCUUACGUGCUGCUCCUAAUCACCCAGCUUAUUUCUAGAAUGUAUCAUUGUUCGUCAGCUUGAGAAUAAAAAAUGUUUUUAUUCCUCUCUA